AACAGCUAAAAAAAAUGAUCUUCAAAUAUAUGCAUUUCCUUUUGUAUUAUAUAUCACUUCCAAAACACAAUAUGCCAAACCCACCAAAAUAUAGAUGUCAAUUCUUCCCCUCCUCUCCACUCUACUCCACUGCCUCCCAAUUUCUUCCCAAAGAUUGAAACUUUACUCACAACUUUCAAAUGGGUAGGCAAGAUAAUGAUCCAACCAUGGUGAACUCUUCCAUUGCUCUUCUUCAAGAAAGGUUUAGACAAUUGGAGAAAGUGAAAGAAAGGAGAGAAGGUAAACAACUUCUUACAUUGUUGUCAUUAGAGAGCAACACCUUAGCAUCACAACAAAGGUUGGUAGUUCCAAAUAAUAAGCAAACUCAUCAUGAUUCUCUUUCUCUUGGACUAAACUUGACAAGCAAGCAAGGUGAUAUGAACACCAUGAAAUCAAACACAUCUUUGAGUUCAUGGUCACAUGGUGGAUCAUCAACAUCAAGAAAUUUUGAUACCUCUGAAGUAGAUACUUCACUUCAUCUGUAAAUUAAUUAAUCACUUAUAUAUUUAUUUAUGCUUGUAUUUUGAUUCCACAA